AUGGCCUCUGGUCCGCCUUACUCUUGUCAAACCUCUGAAUCCACCGAUCGCACUCCAGGUACAACCCAACUCGACCAUGAAUCUACAUACGCGCCCCUCUUCAACCCAUCCACACCACCUGCUUCCCCUAUCCUCAAGCCUGUCGAUCUGCCCGCAGAUACCUGUGACAGCUCGGAAUUCACUUCUGUACCAACCUCCGACCCUACAGAAGCACACAGCGACUCCGAAUUUGGCUCAUUCGUAGACGGAAAUGCGGCCUUGCCUCCAAGCCCGCCAUCUCAAUCGCCAACCCCGCUGAUUCUGGCCCCUUCGCCAGUCGUUGCAAAUGAAGACGUCGAGAAUCCACCAGGUCCUCCAGCGGCGGAAACAGGCCCAGCUGCGGUUGCUCAGUCAUCCUCUAAACCGUCUUUUGCUGACCCGCUUACCUCUUCUACAUUUACCGCGUUCCCGAAACCUCCGCAGACGCCGACAAAACCCACUUCAACCAACCCGCUGCUUUCACCGCUCGCAUCCCCCCUCGUUCCCCAGCCACGUUCGGGAGUGCGCCCAGCCCAGAUGAACAGCAACCUCGUUGAUGAGAUCAUGAAAUACGAGAAGAACCCUCUUUCUCUGUUCAGCCAAUCAACGAAGCCAGCAGAAGAACAAGAAGACCUUGAUGUAACGACCCCUACGACCCGAACGAGCCUCACGACCUCUGCUCCAUCGACCUCUGCAACAAUCGGCACACAAAUGCAAGACCCCCUCCCAUCUCAUACCUCAGCCGCCCCAACGCUCGACUCGUUCGACCCACUGUCAAACGCAAGCUCAUCCAAUCCACAAUCUCAACCUCCCCCAGUUCAACCUAUGACCGUCGCACUCCCAUCCUCUUCCAGUGCAUCGAAGAAACCCGCACCCCCGACGCUAUCGGGUCGAGAGCCUGCCGAGGCAAUACCGAUAGUUACCACCCCAGCUGCUGUCGUCUCUGAAGCUAAAAAGGGCCUUUCUACAACAUCGGGACCUUCGGUUCCCCUGCCUCAAACUUCCACGACAGCUCAAGAUGCGACCACCGCGGCCUCUGGAACUCCAAACCCGUCCCACUCGCCGACCUGGUCGUUCCGCUCCCUCCUCAGCUCCGGCUUCUCCUCACCUACAUCAUCCAGAGCCCAUACUCGAGCGCCAUCCUUACAAGGGAUCUCAUUCGGGGGUUACGAUCAACCAAGAAUCGCCCAGUCUUUACCUACGCCCCAUCCACUCGAUCUUCCUACCCCUGUGAACAUACCUCGUGCCGAAGGAGAUGCAACCCAUUGGCGAGACGAAGACGGGGACGGUGAUGAGCAUGGUGAAAUGAUGCAUCCACGACGGGCGUCGAGCUUCAACACUCUGGGUAGUUGGGUGGGGUCCUUCCUCUGGUCGGAAAAUCAAGAUCCAAGCCAACAAAACCAACCUGUAGCCUCGAGACCAAGGUCGAGAUCACGGCCGCGGUCGCAUUCCCGUUCUUACUCGCCUGAGGAUCGCAGAACGGGCCACGGACAUCACCUUGGCCCUCCUCCGGUCGUCUCGUCCCCGUCCCCCAUCUCGUCACCAGAACCGCCUCAAUCUGGCCCGGUUCAGGGGCAAGGACGCAUGGGGCGGCCGCUUCCACGAGCUCGACCUUCGUUGGAGAGUAUCCAACAGUUAUACACUCAUCAUCCUUCGCAUGGCCAUCAAGGUCACUUGGACCCGCAUUUGGAAGACAAACCGACUCCACAAGAAGUUACCAUAACGCACUCGACGCCGUUCGCUCCCCCACCACCCACCUCGUCAGCCUUUUUGGCCGCUGGAGCUCCUAGUUCUCUCAACACCGGUUUCAGUGGAGGCGGUCCAUUUGGGGGGAGCUCGUUCGUGGGGUCAUCGACUGUAGGGAAGGGCGAUGGCAACAAGACUAACCCGUUCGCAAGUCACUCCUUUGUUCCCGUGGAGGGUGCACCUGGGUUCAAACCUGACGAAUAUGACUGGGAUAAGGGUCACUACGAGGAGCUGGAGAAAGAAUUGGACGGGGCUCCAUCGAAGGGCGGGGAGGUUAGCCGGGGUAGGACGCAGGAGAAGGAGGGCGGUGGAUUCGGUUCGAGGUUCUCGUUUGGUCCAUUCAGGCGGAAGACGAGUGCAGAUAGGGUGCCCUCCAAUACGGUUGGGAGGGGUCGAACGCACACGGAGCCUCCUUCGUCGAAACUCGAAGUUCCUUCUUACGCGACGGUUCGAGGAGGAAAUCCAUCCCCUUCACGCAGAGUACCGGACUUGAUCGAAAGGAAGUUUGCAUCAGUCACGUUGAAGGGCAGGAACGAGGGAACGGAUGUGGUGCUGAAGGAGAAACUGGCCGAGUUGAUUCGGCCACAUCUCCCUCCGUUAUCUCGUCUUCCCAAGACUUGGACUCUACUCUAUUCCCUCGACCAACACGGAAUCUCUCUUAACACCCUCUACAACAACUGCGAGACUCCCGAACGGAACAGGAAGAGAGGGGAGGGUUACAUCGGGAUGGGAGGCGCAGUGCUAGUGGUCAAGGAUAGUUUGGCCUCGGAGAAUCAAGAUGGGGACCUCUUCGGAGCAUUCGUCGCAGAGGGUUUGGGCAAGAAGAGCAAGGGUUUCUUCGGUGGCGGAGAUUCAUUCCUUUGGAAGUACGCCGAUGGCCAGUUGAAGGUCUUCAAGGCCACGGGAAAGAACACCUAUUUUGCCAUAUGCAACAAGGAAUACAUGGCAUUCGGCGGAGGGUCAACGUCGUACGGUCUCUACCUUGACUCUGGGCUCUUCCAAGGAUCGUCUGCGCCGUGUCCAACCUUUGGAAACGAGGUGCUAUGCACCAUCCCGUUUUGCAAAUCUCGUAACGAUGACACGACAUCCUCGUCCUCGUUCCAGCCAACGCUUGCUCCUGGCCUUACCACCAAAUCUACAUUAGCGGUAGGGGAUGAGGUGGACUUUGAGUGUGUUGGUUUGGAGGUGUGGGGUGUCGGCCCUUAG